GUAUUAAAUGUUUUUGGACCAUAAUGGACACGAAUGCGAAAACGAACCAUAAUGGGUUAAAUUUAUUCAUAAAUUCCAACCAUAUGACUCCCAUCACCCCUAAAGAAACGAAAUAAAUAGACUGUAAAUAACUGCAAAGCACCGGCUUUUAUGUGCAUAUUGUGCUUCCUCCUUGUUUACCAGUUCGAUGACGUAUACCGGAUGAAUUAUAAUCGGAAGAUAAGAUUUUCUAAUAAAAGUACAUCGUGCAAGCACAAAGAAGCAUGGACAAACCAAGAAUCUUAGUACUUGGAGGUUGUGGCUUUAUAGGCCGAAAUUUAGUCUCUUUUUUAGUAUCCAACGAUCUCGCUAGUGCAAUAAGAGUAGUAGAUAAAGUUCCUCCACAAGUGGCUUGGCUAAACGAACAAUGCCAAAAGUACUUCCAAAACCCCAUUGUAGAAUUCAAAAGUGCUAACCUUAUAAACCCAGAAUCAUGCAAAAACGCCUUCAGUUGCUCAGAAUUUCAAUGGGAUUAUGUAAUUAAUUGUGCUGGUGAAACUAAGCUGGGUCAAACUGAUCCCGUAUAUGAAGAAGGUAUUUUGAAAUUGAGUGUUAAUUGUGCAAAGCAGGCCGCUUUGGAUAAUGUUAAGCAUUACAUCGAGUUGUCUUCGGGCAAAAUGAGUUCUUCGGAAAAAGUGCCUCAUAAGGAAGAUGGGUCCAUCGAGCCUUGGUCUUUCAUAGGAAAAUGGAAGUAUCGGGUCGAACAACAAAUACGUGAUAUUCCGGACCUUAAGUACACCGUUUUAAGACUUGCUACGGUAUACGGCUUAGGAGAUCGCAUGGGUCUUACACCCCGAAUCAUCGUAGCUUCAAUCUACAAACAUUUAGGAGAAACAAUGAAACUGCUUUGGAAUUCCGAUUUGAAAAUCAAUACCAUACAUGUUGUAGAUGUUUGCAGAGCGAUCUGGUUUACAUGCACCCGGGAUGACACUUUGGGACAGAUAUACAACGUUGUUGAUGACGGCGAUUCAAGCCAAGGCUCCCUUUGCACCAUCCUCUCUGACCUUUUUAGCAUCAAAACCGAAUUUUGUGGCAACGUCGUCUCGGCAGUCGUAGAUCUCGAAACUGUCGCCGACGACGCCAAUGACAAACACUUAGUGCCUUGGGCGGAAGUUUGCAGAAAAGAUAAUAUUCAAAACACGCCGCUGACACCACACAUGGACCCAGAGCUGCUCUUGCACAAACACUUGAGGCUCGAUGGCGUGAAGUUGAAGGAUUUGGGAUUCUCAGUGAGUGUUCCUUCUCCCACCAUCGACAACGUUAAGGAGAUUAUUGAUGAUUAUGUUAAGAUGAAAGUGUUUCCUUUUUCUUUAGCUCCAUGAUUAUCAACUUAAUUGGAAUAUAAGUACUUAAUUUUAUAUGCGUUAUAUUGCUUAUGUUUUGGCUGUAAGUUUGACUUGCAUUCCUUUGAUGUAUGUGAUUUUUAUAAUCUAGUUGAAAUGAGUCAGGACUGAAAAUUUGUCAAUUAAAAUUGCUCAAUUUAUUUAUAUAUUUGAAAUUAGGAAAUAUUGUGGUAUUGUUGGUAAAAAUGUAAAACUUGUUGUGAAAUUUAUAAAAAUUGCAUUUGCUUA